AUGUAUUUACCACGUCCAGAAUUUGUCAACCAACAUCAUUCAACUUCCGAUGAACCUAAUCGUUAUACACCAUCAACAAGUCCAUAUACAGCACAAUUAUAUCAUUCACCAUCACCACGUUUUGUUCAUUCACCCGGUGAUAAAAUACCUAAUCCUACUUCAUCACUUAUAAAUACUCCAGUUACAUCCCCUUAUUCAAGUAUAAAUACUAGUCAUUGUUCACCAUCAUCUAAUGAUAUGUGCAAUAAUAAUAAUAAUAAUAACAAUAAUAAUAAUAAUAAUAAUAAUAAUAAUAAUAAUAAUAAUAUUAACAAUUCAUCAAUUAUUAAUAGUAGGCAAUCAUCACCACUUACAAAUUCAACAUCAUCACAUGCUGUACUAAAAAAACGUAUUUUAAAUGCAUUAAAACAAGAAGCACAAGAUGAACAACAAAAUAAUCAAACAAUACAAGAUUGUUCACCUUUAAUGGAACACAAUAUUGAUCAAGAUAAACAACAAAUACAUAUUGAAAAUUCUUCAGAAUAUCCAACAUCAUCAUCACUGAUACUUAAAACAAUUGCUCAUGUUGAUAAUCCAACAGUUGACACAAUAACAACAACUAUAAAAAGAUCA